UCGAGAGACACGAUGUCCAAUGGAGGCGAGUUUCCCGCCGUGUUGGAAUUGAAUGUCGGCGGAGUCGCUUACACUACGACAUUAAAAUCACUCACAAACCAUCCCGAGUCUCUUCUCUAUGCUAUCUUCACAGGGCGAGAACCGAUUCUAAAAGAUGCUAAAAAUCGUUAUUUUUUAGAUCGUGACGGAGUGUUAUUUCGAUAUGUGCUUGAUUUUUUGAGAGAUGGGAACGUAGUGCUGCCCGAUUGCUUCAGAGAAAGGGAAAGAUUGAAAACUGAAGCUGAAAAAUAUAUGCUGCACGGAUUGGUAGAGGCAAUUGCUAACGAGAGUAAAAACAGACCAACAGGGGCUAUAACCGUUGGAUAUAGAGGCAGCUUCCAAUUUGGAAAAGAUGGUCUAGCUGAUGUUAAAUUCAGAAAAUUGUCUAGGAUUCUGAUUUGUGGAAAGGUCGAUCUUUGUAGAAGUGUUUUUGGUGAAACUCUGAACGAAAGUCGUGAUCCAGAUCAUGGGCAAUCAGAGAGAUACACUUCACGAUUCUUCCUUAAACAUUCUUUCUUGGAACAAGCAUUCGAUAUGCUUAUCGAGCAAGGAUUCAAAUUGGCAGGAAGCUGUGGUUCAGGUACCGCAGGAGGUGCUACUACUGACCUUAAACCAGGAGUCGAUGCGGAAGAAAACCGCUGGAAUCAUUACAAUGAAUUUGUAUUUGUUCGAGAAUAGUAUAAGAAUUAUUCAAAAUAGGCUGUAGAAAAUUUUAUCUUAAUAUCGAAAAAUAUUAAAUGCAGUUCAUCGAAACUCAACAAUUUAACAUAUAAAAAAUUUCUCAACCUAAUAUUUUACUUCCAUAUAUAAAUAUAUGUGAUCAUCGUGAAUUAUCUUUUUACGGAUUAUAAUUAAUGUUUAGUGGUGUAGAAAACAGUUCAAAAAAGUAGUAGAAAAUAUUAAAAUAAUAUCUUCUCACAUCGAUUAAAAUAUCUAUGCAUAUAAUUUUUUUCUACUUUUUACUACUUAAGCCUUUUUUAUGUGUUUUUCGUGAUAAUUUGUUUUAAUUUUAGGUCUCUUUCCUAUGAAAAUCAGUUUUCAUAGAAACGAGACCUAUAAUUAAGACAAAUCAUGACGAAAUAUAUGCACCAGAUAUUAAAAAAUGUGAAGAAGAGGAUUACGAAGCAUUUUGAGCUUCGGGGUAGGUAAUAAUAAAUUGCAGAACAAAAAAAAUAUAAAGCAAAGCUUUAAGAAGUCUGCACUUUUUGGUGAAGUGUUUAACUAAUUUACAUUAAAGUAAAAUCAUUGUAUCUUCUGCGAUGGAGUAUGCCAAGAAUGCUUCAAAAA